UUUGAUUCACCUAUAAAAGGCCAGCCUUUGAAUACCCAAAGCACUUGACUUGGCUUUGCGGUGAGUGAGGCACCAUUUCAUUCUCCAACAAUUUCGCGCAGCCACCAACACUCAUUUUUCUAGGAAAGUCACCAUGGUUGAUCAAGUUCAGCGCCCUAGAAUCAUUGAGAAUGUUGCACGCCAGACCGGUCUUUCUAUGUACCAAAGCAGGUCAUUUGGAAAUUACUCCAACCCUGCAUUGCAGUAUCCAAUGAUGCCGGCAUGUAGAUCAACAGCGACUGACUUUUCUACUAUUGCAACAACAGCCUCCCCAAUCUUUGUUGCCGCUCCUGCUGAGAAAGGAAACUUCGUUGUCGACUUUCUCAUGGGAGGAGUUUCAGCUGCUGUGUCUAAAACCGCUGCUGCUCCUAUUGAAAGAAUUAAGCUUUUGAUCCAGAACCAAGAUGAGAUGAUUAAAGCUGGUAGACUUUCUGAACCCUACAAGGGAAUUGGUGACUGUUUUAAGCGAACAAUGGCUGAUGAAGGUGUUGUUUCUCUAUGGAGAGGUAACACCGCAAAUGUCAUCCGUUAUUUCCCCACUCAGGCUUUGAACUUUGCAUUCAAGGACUACUUCAAGAGGCUUUUCAACUUCAAGAAGGACAAGGAUGGUUACUGGAAAUGGUUUGCUGGUAACUUGGCUUCAGGAGGUGCUGCUGGUGCUUCAUCCCUUUUCUUUGUCUACUCCCUCGACUAUGCUCGUACCCGUUUGGCAAAUGAUGCAAAGGCUGCAAAGAAGGGUGCAGGCGGAAGACAAUUCAACGGUCUUAUUGAUGUCUAUAAGAAGACAUUGGCAACUGAUGGUAUUGCUGGACUUUACCGUGGUUUCAACAUUUCUUGUGUUGGAAUCAUUGUGUAUCGCGGUCUCUACUUCGGAAUGUAUGAUUCCUUGAAGCCAGUUCUCCUAACUGGAUCAUUGCAGGAUAGCUUUUUCGCUAGUUUUGGACUUGGAUGGCUCAUCACCAAUGGUGCAGGUCUAGCAUCUUACCCAAUUGACACUGUCAGAAGAAGAAUGAUGAUGACAUCUGGUGAAGCCGUCAAGUACAAGAGCUCCUUGGAUGCAUUCAACCAAAUCCUCAAGAAUGAGGGUGCUAAGUCAUUGUUUAAGGGAGCUGGUGCUAACAUUCUCCGUGCUGUUGCUGGUGCUGGUGUGCUUGCUGGUUACGACAAGUUACAGGUCAUAAUGCUCGGAAAGAAGUACGGAUCUGGUGGCGCUUAAAUUUUUGUUUUGGAUAUUGAUGAAAAUAUUUAGUUUUGAGAAUUGACCAUAAGUAUCGCGGAAAAUUUUAUUGAAAUAAUUGUACUCAAUGAUCCCAUUUUGGAUCAGAAGUUUCUUUAUUUUUAGGCAAAUUUUUGAAUGGCAGGCAAAGUAUCUGUCAUAUUGAAUUUCAUUUUGUUUGAUUUGAAUUUUGGUGAGAUAUUCUAUUUUUUAUUCUAUCUAUUUAUUGUUCA